CCACUUCCCUUAACAGGGCUAGAGCUGCCUCUGCAAUCUUCGUGAAGACGUGAGGGGACAGGGACAGGCUGAAGGACCUGCCGCAGGUGGAAAGUAAAAGUGAAAGAAAGUUCUGUGUUCGGGGAAACCGAUGUGAAACGUGAACCAAUACCGCUGCAAACCAAUUUUGAUGCCGGACACAUGCCAAAGUGCGCUUCUGCCUCAGCAUCUUGAAGUAUGGAGUAUGUGCAAGGUUCAGAAUUCGCAGGUCCAAGAUUGGCCGCAACCAACCGCCUUUCUUUGGUACGGUGAGGUAUGGGCUGUAGAGCCCUUUCUUCAUCUCGGCUGGAGGGACAGGCUCUAUCGCGUCCUUCCGUAGAAGGGUUACGGUCUCCGCACGCAGGACGGCGGCGUUCUCGCCCUUUACCGAAGUGAAGCGUACGCUGCUGAAUCGCGUAGACGAGUCAGACGGUCCUGGCCAGCCAAUGCGAUGGGUUGGAAAGCACUAGCCAUGUGUCAAAUAAAUCCAAAUUAACAUGUAUUUAUACUAAAGUUAUACAAAAAUGACUACAAAAGAUUUAGAAGUGAGUCGUUUUCCGAGAGUUAUGAUUAUACUGUAAAUCACUUUCACGAAUCAGCCCCCAAAUGUCUCCCAUCAUGUUCUCAUUAUACUGUCCCAAUCUAUGAUCGAGAUAAGACACAUAUACGGCAUCCCAUAACACACUUCCAAUAUCACCCAAUGUCAAACAGCUGUACAUUAUGUACAUUAACCGUUUACACGCCACAUUCAGAUAAGUCUUCGUCAUCUGCCUUCAAACCACAUGAAGUGAAUGAAGUGCACAGAAGUGAAUGCACAGACAUUUAUGUUGAUUUAUUUGUUCAUUUUGUUUAAUUCUGUUGAUGUUGACUACAUGUACAUCAAUGAACGUAUAUUGAGGAAUUACACAUGAUUCUGAGCAUUUGAUGUUUUUGUCAUUUACAGUUGUCAGUUUUAUUGCCUCUAGCUCGUCCUCACGUCAACUUGUUGUGAAUUUCCAUGUACAUGGACUUUUUAUGUUUCUAUACGGUUUAAUCAACUUAAACACUGAGUAGAACAUACUGUUAAUUAUGUUCUGCAGAAAUAGAUGAAUAAAAUGCUGUAAACACAUUCUGCAUUCAUGACAUGUUUGAGGAGAGUCAAUAUUUUCUGCUCUGAUGGAAACUGUCGACCCGUAGCGAGUCGAUGAUUCUGCCCUCAGGGGAAAAGAGCGGGAAAAAACAGCUUAAAAAAAACAGAAACAUUUGAAUAAAGAACUAUUGUAGUUUGUCAGGUGUACAGAGAACAGGACCCUUUACUGUGGAACUGUUUAGGGUUUGGUUAAAACAAUGUUUUGUUCGUGUUUGUUGUUAUUGAUCUGUGAUGUCCUGAUUAACCCGUGGCGCACAGCUCGAUGUGAUGGAUCUUCUGCCGGUCGGUGUUGUGAGGAACAUUAGAUUCGUGAGGGUUUCAGCAUGAGUGUGGAGGUUCCGGUGGGUCUCACUGACCUGCUGAAGGGUUACACGCUGGAGGUACUGAAGCAGAGACCCGCAGAUCUGCUGGAGUUCGCCGUUCAGUACUUCACCUGUCUGAGGGAACAGCGGAGCUCCACCCGCAGCUGCAGCCGGUCUCCGGUGACCCGAGCGGAGGCCUUCGACCAAGAUUCGGGUCAGACAGACUCCGGCGACGAGGAUGAGGAGGAAGAUGAUGAUUUUCCAGAGGAUUUCACCUUCAAACCACCUCCUCCCAGUAAACACAACAGACGAGUAUCAGUGUGCGCAGAGACCUAUAACCCUGAUGAAGAUGAAGAUGAUGCUUCUGAUUCAAGGGUCGUUCACCCCAAAACUGACCAGCAACGGCACAGACUACAGGAAGCGUGCAAAGACAUCCUGCUGUUCAAAACACUGGAGCAGGAUCAGUUUAAUGAGGUGUUAGACAGCAUGUUUGAGGUGCUGGUGAAGCCACAAGAGUGUAUCAUAAAUCAAGGGGAUGAUGGGGAUAAUUUCUAUGUGAUUGAGAGGGGUGUGUAUGAUAUUGUGAUACAGAAGGAUGGUGUCAGUCGCUGUGUGGGUCAGUAUGAUAACAAAGGCAGCUUUGGUGAACUCGCCCUCAUGUACAACACGCCACGAGCUGCCACGAUCAUGUCCACACAGGAAGGGGCGCUGUGGGCUCUGGACAGGGCAACUUUCCACAGACUCAUCGUGAAAAAUAAUGCCAAAAAGAGGAAAAUGUACGAGAGUUUUAUAGAGAGCGUGCCGCUACUGAAAUCUCUCCAGUUAUCGGAGCGAAUGAAAAUCGUUGACGUUGUGGGAAUGAAAACCUUCCGAAACGGGGAUCGGAUUAUAAGACAGGGGGAUGAAGCGGACUGCUUUUAUAUUGUGGAGUCUGGAGAAGUUCAAAUCAUGAUCAGAAGCAAAACUCGAGCAGGUCAGAGGUCAAACGAGGAGGUGGAGAUUGCCCGCUGCACCAGAGGACAGUAUUUUGGGGAGUUGGCGCUGGUUACAAAUAAACCCAGAGCUGCGUCUGUGUACGCAUCAGGAGAGACGAGGUGUUUAGUGAUUGAUGUGCAGGCGUUUGAGCGUCUGUUGGGUUCCUGUAAGGAGAUUCUGCAGAGGAACAUCUCACACUAUGAGCAUCAGCUGGUCGCUCUGUUCGGAUCCAGUGAUGAUCUCAAACACUGAAGAAACGACGUCUCAACCUGUGGUUUUAUCUUGCCCCAUACAGUCAUCAUUAGAAGUGCAACAUGUGAAGUAGUAAUCCUCAGCAUGUCUGUUCAGAACCUUAAACUAAUGAGAUUCAUGUACUUCCUAGCCAUCACCCUCAUUUAUCACAUAUUCUGUUAUCCCUGAACUCUUUGAUGAAUAAACACUGAAAUGA